AUGGCUCCCGAGAAGCGCAUCGACCCCGAGACCAAGAAGGCCGUGACGCUCAAGGAGCUCGCCAAGGCGUACUCCGGUAAGUACACGAAGGAGGAGAUCAACACGUACUGGAAGGACGAGUGCAAGGUUGCCAAGGAUGAGCCGGCCCCAAAGGCCAAGGCCAAGGCCAAGGCCAAGGCUGGGCCGGAGGCCGAGCCGAAGGGCAAGGCCGAGCCGAAGGCCAAGGCCGAGCCCAAGCCUCCCGGCAAGGGUGGCGACGUGAUGACCAAGCUGGCGUCUCUCAUCUUCGACGACGCCACGAUGAAGAAGUACGUGCCGCCGAAGGUCUUCAAGCAGUUCCAGGAGGACCUCGUGACUGGGAACCCCACCUCCGAGGACGACCAGAAGGCGAUCGCGAAGGGCAUGUUCAAGUGGGCGCGGGAGCACGGCUGCACCGACUUCGCCCACUGGUUCUUCCCCUGCCGCGGGGGCAGCGGCGCCGUGGGCGGCGCGGUCGGCGCCCUGAAGAUGGACACCCUGAUCGACAUGGACUUCGGGUCGAAGAGCGCGAACAAGCCCUUCUUCCCCGUGCUCCCCACCGAGCGCCUGUUCCAGGGCGAGACGGACGGCUCCUCCUUCCCCAACGGCGGCCUGCGCGUCACGCACUCCGCCGCCGCCUUCACGGUGUGGGACCGGACGUCGCCGCCCUUCAUCUCGGGCACCACGCUCCGCAUCCCGUGCUCCUUCCUGACGCACUUCGGGAGGAGCAUCGACGAGAAGACGCCCCUCCUGCGCUCGAUGGACGCCGUGAGCGCCCAGGGGCUGCGCCUGCUCAGGGCCCUGGGGCUGGCCUCGGACGCCAAGUGCCUGCGCUCCUACCUGGGCUGGGAGCAGGAGUUCUUCGUCGUCUCCGCCUCGCUGUACAAGAAGAGGCCGGACCUCGUCAACACUGGCCGCACGCUGUUCGGCAAGCUGCCCACGCGCGGCCAGCAGAUGGACCUCAACUAUUUCGCCCCCGUCCCGUCGAGCGUGGACAGGCUGCUCGUGGAAGUGCAGCAGGAGAUGCUGAAAGCGGGCACUCCGAUGGCGGUCCGCCACAACGAGGUGGCGCCGGGCCAGCAUGAGAUGUCGCCAGUUUUCGGGGUUGCCAACUUCUCGUCCGACAACAACGUGUACUUCAUGGAGACCUGUAACAGGGUGGCGGCCAAGCACGGUCUGAUGGUGCUGUUCCACGAGAAGCCGUUCGCUGGUAUCAACGGCAACGGGAAGCACGCCAAUUGGUCCGUCGGGACCGACACGGGCAUCAAUUUCUUCUACCCAGGCAAGACGGAUGAAGCGCCCCCGGCAAUCAUCUCCCUCUACCCGGGCCAGGGCUUCGAGGCGCACGUGGACGCGGUGAUCGCGGGAGGCCCCCUGAACGAGUUCAAGGCGGAGAAGAAGCUACAGCCCACCGGCUGCAAGGCGUCCAUGGCCGUGGAGUCCAACGUCGAGGACCGCAACCGCACCGCACCCUUCCCCUUCUGCGGCAACCGCUACGAAUUCCGCGCGGUGGGCUCCUCGCAGAACUGCUCCUUCCCGGUGAUGAUCUGCAACACGAUCAUGGCAGCGGGCAUGAGCGCGCUCGCCGAGAAGAUCGAGGGCGGCACGACGGCGCGCGACGCCGUGGCCGAGAUGUACAAGACGAACCGUAACGUCAUCUUCACCGGCAACGGCUAUUCUGCCGAGUGGCCGGUCGAGGCGGAGAAACGCGGCCUCUCCAACCUCAACACGACGCCGAAGGCCAUCAAGCAUUGGGCAUCCGACAAGAACAUCAAGCUCUUUGAGACUCUGGGCGUCUUCACCGAGGAGGAGACCAAGGCGAGGGCCGAAGUGAUGUACGAGGCCUACAACACCACCCUCAACGUCGAGGCCGAAACCAUGGUCGACAUGGUCAACACCGGGUUCAUUCCAGCCUUUGCGCAGGACUUGGCCCUGUACAAGGACGCCCCCGACCUGGCGGGCAGCCGCAAGGCCUUGUACGCCUCGGUGAAGACCGAGACGGAGAAGCUGGCGAAGAUGAUGAAGGAGACUCCUCACGACAUGGCCGCAGAGGCCGACUACCUGUGCGAGAAGGUCAAGGACCAGAUGGGCAAGGUGCGGUCUCUGGUCGACGAGGCGGAGGGCCUCCUGGAGAAGGGGCUCUACCCGUUCCCGACAUACGAGUCCAUGCUGUACCACCAUCACCAUUGA